AUGGGUUCCAAUGAUUCAACCCCGCCAACCUCCAUCCCGACCGUGGACAUGAGUCCUUGGCUGGACGAGCAUGCCUCACCAGCAGCCAAGGAUGAGGUGGUAAACUCCAUGCGCAAUGCAUGUUCCACCUUCGGCUUCUUCUAUCUCGUCGGCCACGGUAUUCCCGAAGAAGAUCGCCAAGCCGUCCUUGAGUGCACUCGCAAGUACUUCGCCCUUCCCAUGGAAGACAAGAUGGAGACUUGGAUUGGCAAGGCGAUGGGACGGUCGUUCCGUGGCUACGAGCCGCCUGCUCUGCAGGUGCAUCAGGAGGGCCUCUUACCCGCUACUAAGGAGGGCUUCAUCAUCGGCCGCGAGACCCCGGCCGAUGCCCCCGAGGCGGGAACGUUCCAUACUGGGCCUAACCAGUGGCCGAAGGCGCUUCGCGAUGAAGAAUUCCGGAUUCCACUGAUGGAAUAUCACAGCAAGAUGAUCGAGAUGGUAAAGGUUAUCCUCCGGAUCUUGGCCCGUGGCCUUCCUGAGGAGUGGAACUGUCCACCGGAUGUGUUUGAUGAGUUGACGGUUGAGCCGUCAGCGCCCUUGCGGCUGCUCUACUAUCCUCCUCAAUCUGUCAAGCAUGCGAAUCAAUUUGGAGUGGGUGAGCAUACCGACUUCGGUAACGUCUCGGUCCUUCUGCAAGAGGAGGGCACAGAGGGUCUAGAAGUGCUGUAUCCUCCUACGCAGACGUGGGUGCCUGUGCCUGUAAAAGCACACUCCUACGUGAUCAAUAUGGGUGAUAUGAUGCAGAAAUGGACUGCAGGCUACUAUCGUAGUGCGACUCAUCGGGUUGUAAAUUCUAGCACCAAGGGGCGAUACAGUGCUCCGUUCUUCAUGAACGGAAAUCUGGACCUUAGAUGCCACGCCUUAGAUGGAUCGGGGGAGGCGACUGUUAUUGGGGACCAUAUUCGGCGAAGGCUUAUGGAGACGAUUGGUGGCGAGGCGGGGAGGAAGUUGGGACUUUGA